GAAUGUGAAGAUCGAGCCAGAUGACUUCCAUGACUUUUGCACCCCCGACAAGCUGGUAGGCACUCGUUACUGGCCAAAGAUGCUGUGUGACGAAGAUGGCGUGAAUUGCUUGUUGGGAAGCAGCGGAGGGCCCGGAGAAGGUUGCAGCGGCGCCGGUCAAUACCUCUCCUGCGCGCCGCCCAUUGACACGAAGUUCGAGGCGACCUUCGGCCGAAGAGGAGCACCCUGCAACGGCCAGAGCUCGCAGGAUUGCGACUUCGUUGACGUCAGUUUGGUAGAUGGCUGGACAUUGCCCUUUCGGCUCCUCAUCGCUGGAAGCUGUUCCGGAGGUGGCAACCUGCAUCCCGACGAGAUAGACUGCUCAGGACUGACAUUCGAGCAGUGCCCCACAGCAGAGAGGCUGGGAACGAAGACCUAUGAUAUGCAGGCACGGCAUUGGGGAAGUGGCAGCAUCGCUGGUUGCUACAGCCCCUGCCUCAAGCUGACGGAUCCCAAGUGGAACAACACGGCAUCCAGAGGACGCUCAAGGACCGACGAUGUGGCGGCACCCUACUGCUGCCCCACGCCGCCCAUCUCUCCCCAGGCUUGUCGCGCGGGCCCAGUGGAAGGGACGGAGUAUGUCAAAGCGGUUCACAAAUACUGUCCUGGCGUCUACGCCUACUGCUAUGAUGAUGCAAUGGGUCUGCUACAAUGCUCUGCGGAUUCCAACUAUCAGCUAGAAUUCUUCUGCCCCUGGCCGAUGCCGUCCUGGAACUAUGUCUGGGUAACCACCACUCGCACAAGUUCCUCGCAGACACAAACAUCAGCUACCUCCACCCGCACAACAACCUCAUUCACUACUAGGACUGCUUCGUCCACUACUCUCGGCAGCACCCUCACCUCGACCCGUACAUCGGUUACAGCGACUACUGCAACUGUGACGAAGACCACGAGGACAUCCACGAGCGUCACAAGCGAGCAGGCUGCAGCAAUGGGCGCCAAGGCGGCCAAGAG